CAUAAUAAAUCGAGAAAAGAUGAGAUUCGACGCUCCAUUUAAGUUUUGCGUUAAAUGACUAAUGGCAAAUGCGUUGUCCUUUAGACUAAAUGUACACGAGCGACAUCUUACCGUGCGACGGUAAAUAUAGACCUCCCGCGCGGUGCUGCAUGGACAUCCAUAACACCUAUAGUUAGAUGUCUGAGUAGGAUUGUAGGAAUAGGAUUUAUGCCUCGUUUAGUGUCUGAACCAAGUUUGGAACAAAUUUUAAUAUAUGAUUGAGUUUUGUAUGAUAAUAUUGAUAAUAGUGUUUCUCAAAGAUUUGGCAAGCCAACGAAGUCAGGACGUAACUUUUGAUAUUGGUUUGAAGACAUUUUUAACAAUAAUUUAAAUAAAAUGAUUGGUACAAUCACACACUGGAACUUGGAGAAUGAUUCAAACUUAAAAACUUCAGAGAAUGCGCACUUUCCAUCACUAGUUGAUACAACACAUGAUAUAAGUCAUGAUGAAGUAGAUAAUACUGAUUACCAUUUUGAAGCAGCAAGACUUCAGAGCUUUGAAAAUUGGCCUAUAACAUACAUUGAACCUGAAAAGCUUGCAGCUGCAGGAUUCUAUUAUACGGGUGAAAGUGACAGAGUGAAAUGUUUUGAAUGUGGAGUUGAGAUAUGUAAAUGGGUAGAAGGUGAUAUACCCAUGGUCGACCAUCAGAGAUGGUCUGCAAGGUGUAGAUUUAUUCGUAAACUGAACUGUGGUAAUGUACCCAUUGGAGUAGAUCCUGGUACGGUGAUACGCCCAAGACCAAAAAGUAGGGAUGUAUGUGGUCCUUAUGGUUUAGAAUAUCGACCUACAUCUGGUCCCGAUGACCAUAAUUUUUCAAUGGAAUUACAACUAGCAAGCACAGCUAAACUUGGCUGUUUAGGUCUGGGAAGGACUAAGGAACCAGUACAUCCAGAAUAUGCUAGUUAUGAUGCUAGGUUACAUACAUUUGUAACAUGGCCUAAAUCUAUGCCACAAACAAAAGAACAAUUAGCCGAUGCAGGCUUUUAUUAUACUGGGAAAGGUGACCAAACCUUGUGUUACCACUGUGGAGGUGGUUUGAAAGAUUGGGAACCAGAAGAUGAUCCUUGGGAGCAACACGCAAAGUUGUUUUCUAAAUGCUGUUAUAUAUUAAUCGUGCAAGGGCAAGAUUAUGUAAAUAAAAUAACAGGCCAGCAUAUAUCUCCACCUUCUAAAGAAGAAACAAUGCAGAUGAAUCUACCCAGUUUUAUUAAGAAAGUACAACAUACGAGAGUAGAAGUAGAAAGGAAAAAAGAUAUAGAAAGCAAUCCAGGAUCAAGUUCUCAAAAUAAUGAUAUUUGGGGUAUUGGAAGCAAUACAGAACCCAUAAAAAGAAAUUUGGUAUACGAGCCAGCAGAAAAUCCAUCAAAUACAAAAACUCGAAAUACCAAACCUACUGAUGAUGCAAGAAUGUGCAAAAUCUGUUAUAACGAAGAAUUAGGAGUGGUAUUUUUACCAUGUGGACAUAUAAUUGCUUGUGUAAAAUGUGCUCCUGGCAUGAUGAUUUGUGCAGUAUGCAGAGAACCUGUUACAAUGACUUUACGAGCCUUCAUCCCAUAGUAUUCAAUUGAAUGUAUAGGGUGUAUAAAAAGUAAGUAUAAAAACCAUCAUAGCAUGAUUCUACAUCUCUGUAUCAAUGAAAAUUUGUAAAAAGAAGUUCGUACAAAAAUGACUAUGACCUUGAAUUUUAAGGUCAGACAUUUUUUUAUUACCUUAUAUUCUACUCAUCAUGAAGAUAAAAAACUUUAACCCUUUGCGGACUUCCGCCACUUAUAUGCGUUCUGCGUAAACCAUCAAUUUGGUCGAGUAACACAUAUAUGCGUUUGGCGAAAACAGCUGGUAGAGCCGAAAGACUCAUAUAUGCGUAUUUAUAAAAGACUCAUAUGUGUGUCAUUUUAUCUAUUCCGUGGAAAUUCUGUGCAUGUACAUAUGGUUAGAAUUUGACAUCUUGGAGUGUUAUGAACGAAAAUCGUGUCUAAGCAGAAAUGUGCGCUGGCAAUUUUAAAUGACUAUCGCGACAGCAGCUCGGCCCUGUCCACAAAGGAUUAAGGAACCAUGGAUCGCAACUCAAUCGUUCUUUUGGGAAAAAAUGUUAAAGUUCCAUUAAUUUUUGAACUUACUUUAUUUAUAAUGUGCUUACAUUCUGCGAUCAGAUGCAGGUAAAGUAGCAUCUAUCGUUGCGCAUAAAUAACCCAUAUUCACGAUUAUAUAUCCUAUAUUUGUUCUUCCUUCCUUCCUUCCUUUCUUUCUUUCUUCUUUCUUCUUUUUUCUAUUUAAACCGCCCCAAACUCACUUCUAUACUUCGAUCAAGUUUCUCAUCGAGAUUACGUAUUGACUUUGUAUGAUAAAAACCACAUUGAAUCGGAUUUUUAAAUUGUUCAGCGGAGGUAAUUUGUUCACUGGAACUAUAAACAUUUUCGCUUCCUAUCGUUUCAACUAUUGCAUGUAGAUUUCUGUGAAUAUAGAUCUGGCAUUUUGUUCAUUGAGUAUGAUAUUACGUGAGAAACAGCUUUUAUUUGUAAAUAACAUAUGUUUCAAAAGCGUAGAUCACGUUACGACUUAUGUAGCAUCCAACGGGAAAAAUUUCGUCGAGUGGCAUAAUUAUGUGGAGUUCUUGAAUGCAGUGAAUUUUAUAAGGUUUAAGCCCUUCUUAUUAUAUUCAUUGCAAUAUCAUAUGAUUGAAUCCUUCUCGACGAGCUAUUUUGUGUAAAUUUAUUAGUGGAUGAACACGAGCAAAAGCAUUUUAUGUCUCCAAAUUUUGGUGCAGCUAAACUUAGCAAGAAAUGAUCCUAUGAGGGAUUUAGUUGCACUAACAUAAUGACAUCAUUUAGUUUUAUUUUAAAACUAUUAGAUUGUCCGAAAAGUUUCUUCCGUUUUAUGAGGAAAUAAUAAACGCACAACGUUUUUUGUUUUAUAUUAUUUUAUCGAAUUACGUACGAUCCAUUUUAUUCUAUUGAGAUAAAUACCGCUACAUUUCACAGAUUUGGUUUCACGUUUGUAUGAAGGUACACUGUUGUAAAAUACGUUUGCGAAAGAAAGACACUUUCCGGACAACCUACUAUAUGAACGUAAAUCAUGAGAAGAAUCUAAACAAUAAAACAGAAUUUUUUAUAAAAUAAAUUUUUGUAAAUUUUAUGUACAUAAUUUAAGCAUAUUGAGAUAUAGAUAAUAAAUUAAAGAAUAAUAAAACAUAUUUAUUAUAAUCAAA